AGAAAAGUAUUUCUGCGAAUUAAUUAAUUCGUUUGCAAAUUUAGCUUCUUUCAAGAGCCAGAUAAAUCACAAAAAAUCGAACAGCAUUUCUGUAUUCAACAUGAACUCUAAAGCAGAUUUAAAAGCUGCACGAGAUGCCAUUGGAAAAAAAGAGUUUGGAGAAGCCGUCAAGGCUUGUAAACGCGUUUUGUUAUGGGAGGGUGAAAAUUACAACGCUUGGGUAUUUCUAGGUGUUGCUUAUACAGGUCUUGAAGAUGAUCAAGAAGCCGAAGAGGCUUAUAAAAGAGCUAUCGAAAUUAAUAAUGACAACAUGCUUGGUUGGCAAGGACUUGUGAGUUUUUAUGAGAAGCGAAAUAAACUUGACGAUCUAGCCAAAACUGUCAACGAGCUGAUACCUCGUUCAAUUGCAACUGGCGAUGGAGCCAAGCUAGCUGGUUAUCUCAAGAAACUACUGAAUGUUUACAAAACACAGAAUCAACAAGACAAAUACCUCGAGACCUUGAAGGAAUUCUUACCCAUGAGUCCUCAUUUUGAUUUGAUUCGAGAUCAGCCUGACUUACCCCCACAGAUCGAUAUCUGGAAGUUGAUUAUCAGUCAAUCAGAAAAAGAACUAGCUCAACAAAUUGAACAUGAGGUUGCCUCACGAAGAUUUAGAGUCAAUGCAGGCACGCCUGCUCAAGUAUUAGCUGGUGUUGAAGCAGAUCUCUAUAGUGUGUCUAAACUAGGUUUCAUGUAUGAGAAUGUACUGGCACUCGUACCUGAAGGAGACACUGAACAACAGCAAGCAUGGGAGCUGAAAUUACUUCAUUUCUAUACAAAGCGAUUAUUGGGAAGCAAAGAGAAAGAAAAGCUCCAUGAAAAGAUAUUCAGUCUGGCUAACAAACUUGUAAAUGGUCCUGAUCCAUUACCGCUUGAGCUUUUGAUUGAGUCUUGCAAUGUUGAUUCAGCCGAGAAAUACGAUUGGGACUUGAUUCAUGAUUUAAUGACUCGAUUCCCUCAGCAUGGGUUGUCUAAAUUAGCCAGAGGUUAUCAAUGCUACAAAGAAGGAGACGUGGAUCAGGCAUUUGAUUUAUUAAGUGAAGGUUUGGAAGCCUGUCCCAACAGUGUGUUUGGAUAUCAGUGUGUAUGUUGGAUUUAUUAUGAAUCAAAAGAAUAUGAAACAGGUUUGGAAUAUGCUACUCGAGGAAAAGACUUAGUCAAGAAGGUCAAAAACGAAACAGGCAUUCUCAAGAACAACACUUUGGUUUCUAUGGAAUUGUGUAUUGCCCAUUGUUAUCGCUUACUAGACGAAAAAUAUUAUAUGACUGCUAUGGGAUUGUACAAAUCUAUUCUUCAGAUAUAUCCAGACAACACAAGCGCUUUAGAAGGCAUGGGCCUAAUUCUAACGCAUGAAAGGAGAUUGGAUGAAGCAUUACAGAACUUUGCUCGAGUACAUGAAUUGGAUCCCAAGAACCAUGCAUCUGUUGCUGAAUUGGGUUGGGUCUACUUUGAAAAGAAGAAUUUCGAUCAAGCUAUUCAGUACAUCAAUAAGGCACUUGAGAUUGCAGGCACAGGUGUCGUCAGCUACUAUUAUCGUUUGGGCCUUAUCUAUUGGUCUAUGGAAGAUGCUGCAAGCGCAUUUGGUUAUUUCAUGCAAGCUGUUAAAUUGGACCCUUAUUUUGCAAGUGCAUUUACUUGUCUAGGCCAUUAUUACCGUGAAAUCAAAAGAGACAAUAACCGUGCCAAGAAAUGCUAUCAAAAAGCUUAUUUAUUGAACCCUUUGGAUGCUGAAGCAGCACAUUGUUUGUCGGAUUAUUUGAUUGUAGAAAACGAACUAGAAGAAGCAGAGAAUAUCUUCCGACAAGUCACAGAAUCUUGUCCCAAGGUUGGAUGGGCUUGGAGACGUAUGGGUUAUGUCAAUAUGAAAUCACACACAUUCAAUGAAGCUAUUAUUUGUUUCCAAAAAGCUUUGCGUACAGACACAAGUGAUGUUCGUUGUUGGGAAGGUCUUGCUGAGUCAUAUUCUCGAGCAGGUCGUUUUGUAGCUGCACUCAAGGCAUUUGAUCGUGCUACUCAACUCGAUCCUCACUCAAUUCAUGCCAAUCACGAAAAAGCCUAUGUUCAAAAGAAAGUAGGGCUGUUGGACGAUGCUAUUGCUACCUUCAAGCACACAUUAACACUUGCUACUGAACAAGGAAAGACUGAUUACGUACCUGCUUUGGCAGGCUUGGCCGAAACUUAUUUAGAUCAUGCCAAAGAAGACUUUCAGGCUGGUUUCUUUGGACGUGCUUCAAAUGGUUGUAACCUGGUAUUUCAAACAGUCUUUUUAGGUCUUCAACAAGAUAGCACGAUCACUGUGUUUUGGAAACUUGUGGGUGAUGCCUGUGCUUUCUACCGUCACAUUCCUAGCUAUUUAAACAAUUGUGCCUAUAAAAGCUUGCAGGAUGUCAUCCAGCUUGCAUCCAAGGCACAUGAUCAACUCAAGUUGGAAGCAGAUGUCACUAGCCACUGGGUUAGUGAGUUCUUGGCUCUUCAAGACAUGAAUGGCUUUAGUUUACCACAACAGACGGCUCUUGAUGUUGUCUUGUCGUGUGCUUCUUAUGCUUAUAAACAAGUGAUUGUGCUGUCAAAGAACCACAAAGCAGUUGCACCCGAUUUCUGGCAUGAUUUAGCUGUCAUUUACUACCAUAUCAGUUGGAAUAACAACAAAAAACAAGAGGAAGCUAUGAUGGCCAUCAAAUGCGCCAAGAUAGCAUUGAAGUUAGAACCAACGCAAUACAUGUACUGGAAUACAUUAGGUGUGAUUGCAAUGGCAGUAGGAGAUUUACACAAGAUAUCUCAAUAUGGGUUCAUCAAGGCUAUUGAAUUCAAUAAUCGUAGUGCUAUUCCUUGGACAAACUAUGGGUUCUUGUGUUUAACGAUGAAGGAUUAUGAAUUAGCCAACCAGGCAUUUGAAAUGGCACAUUCACUAGAUCCUGAAUGGAUUUCUGCUUGGGUAGGACAAGCUCAUGUUGCUUCUCUCUGGGGUGACGAUGCUGCCGUUAUUUUUGAACAUGCGUUUGAGUCAAGCAAUGGAUCUGCUCUUGAAGCAAGUUAUGGUUAUGCACAAUCGAUUUACCAAGGUCUAGUAUCUGGUCAGAUCAAGAAUGAGACAGCAGCUAUCAUGCCUGUCUUUGCACUUGAGAAACUGACAGAGAAGAAGCUGAACGAUGCACUCUCGCUUAAUUUAAUGGGUUUAUUGUCAGAGCGAUUGGGUCAAUAUGGAAGAGCAGCUGAGUCAUUUGCAUCAGCCAUCUUGGCAGUAGAGGCUCAAAUGGAAACUUCCAAAAUAGGUCAAGAAGAAGGUGUGGCUCGUUUAGCCAAGAUUCGCGCUAAUUUGGGUCGCACACUCUGCGCCAGUGGUGACUUUGAGGGUGCUAUUGCUUCGAUUCAUGAUGCUUCUGGUGUUUAUGCUCAAUUGAAUGCAGGUAUUGCUUAUUAUUUCCUUGAUAGAUUACCAGAAUCACUUGGAAUGUUUGAAUCAGCCUUGAAUGCUACUCAAGAUGAUAUUUCGUUACGUCAAGAUGUGGUUGUUUUACUUGGCAAAGUCCUCUGGGCUUUAGGUGGAGAAGAACAAAGAGCUGUGGCAAAGGACCAAUUAUUUUCGAGUAUUACGGACAAUCCCAACUAUUUGCCUGCUAUCUUUUCAUUAUGUGUCAUGGGCAUGCUUGAAAAUGAUGAUACAUUAACAGCUGCUGCUUUACAAGAAUUAGCUAAAAUAUCAGUUCACAUUGCCUACGAAUCUGAUAAAGAGCAACUUAUAUCAUGGUUAUUUGCCAAAUUCUACCAGCUUGGAGAGGAUCAAGCAGGAUCCAUUCGUGCUCUGGUGAAAAGUGUUCAUCAAACACCUUGGCUUUCACUUGUUUGGAAUCGUCUCUGCACACAUUUGGUUCAAAUUGGCCAUGGAGAAAAAAUGAUUGCUUCAAGUGCGUUGAUUAUGUCUACCAAGUCUCAUACAGCUAAUGCAAAGUCAGAAGCCUACGAAUAUGCAGCCUUAACAGAAAGCCAGCCGAAGGUGUCUAGGAAAUAUGCACAACGCGCUGUGAUCCUUGCUCCUUGGCGUUUAAGCGCUUGGAAAGCAUUAUAGAAUAUUGUCAUUUAUUUUUAGCUCUAAUCCAAAUAAAGAAAAUGACGUCCUUUUAUUGUAUGACAAUUUA